GGCGGGCUGAAGGAGGCGGGGCCGGGCAGAGAUGCGGCCCAGAACAGAGCCCUGGGCCUGCUUCGCAGAAGCAUAGCAUAGUAGAGUUGUAAGGGAUCCCCGGGGUCAUCUAGCCCAACCCCUUGCGGCGUGGCUUUUGGGUGGAUGCCUUCUUUCGAAGAUUGGUGCCUCUUGUCGGGGGUCUUCAUUCUUCAGGUUUCCAUCAGGAUUUGAGAGGCGCCAGGUCUCUCUUCAUUAACAGCAUAUAUUUGAAGUGGAACACAAACACUCACUCCAAUAUUAUGGAAACUUACUCCUCACAAAGCUACAGUUCCCAGGAUUCGGGGGUGUAUGUGCUUUAAUUAUAUGCUGUGCAAGCAGCCUAAGGCUGCAAUCUUGUAUACACUUUGGAGGGAGUAAACUAACUUCACUGCAUUUAUGGGAUUUACUUCUGAGUAGAUUUACACAGGCUUGCUCUAUCCAGUAUGCUUGCCACUUUGUAAAGGGGAACGUUGGUAGUAUUCCAUAAUUAUGGCCUUUCCGAGGACUUGCUUUUCUUGCAAUGCUGAAAACAAUGGGUAGGAACUCCACAAUGUGAUAGUUGGGGGGGGGGGGGAGCACUGCCGGUUUUACUAUAAGCUAUACAGGCUAUAGCUUAGGGCCCCAUUCUCUUGGGGGCCCCCCAAAAAUUAAAGGAAAAAACAGGAUGUACAUUUCCAAAAUAUAAUGACAGUAGAUACCUAUUGGCUUUAGAUACCUAUUAAAGAUAAAGGUAAAGGGACCCCUGACCGUUAGGUCCAGUCGCGGACAACUCUGGGGUUGCGGCACUCAUCUCGCUUUACUGGCCGAGGGAGCCGGCGUACAGCUUCCAGGUCAUGUGGCCAGCAUGACAAAGCCGCUUCUGGCGAACCAGAGCAGUACACGGAAACGCCGUUUACCUUCUACUUGCACUUUGACAUGCUUUUGAACUGCUAGGUUGGCAGGAGCAGGGACCGAGCAAUGGGAGCUCACCUCGUCACGGGGAUUCGAACCACCGACCUUCUGAUCGACAAGCCCUAGGCUCUGUGGUUUAACCCACAGUGCCACCCGCGUCCCUAAAUUACCCCAUAUAGCAUAUAUUCAACACAAAAAACAGCGACAUUUUGUUGUUGACAAAGGACAGCUGGACAUAUAAAGGGCUCCAUCACCUUCAGGACCUCAGGGCCUCAUCAAACCUAAAUCCAGCCCGGGGGGGGGGGGGUUCUGCAGCCAAAGUCUGGCAGGAACCUUUCCCAUUCCUGCCUAGGUUUUGCAGAGAAAGGAUGUGACAUUGUUGACAAGGCUGCCCCAUUUUAGGAACAGAGCAGCCUAUCUACGGCUUAGGGAGCUGGGUAUGUUUAGCCUGGAGAAGAGAAGGUUAAGGGGUGAUAUGAUAGCCAUGUUCAAAUAUAUAAAAGGAUGUCAUAUAGAGGAGGGAGAAAGGUUGUUUUCUGCUGCUCCAGAGAAGCGGACACAGAGCAAUGGAUUCAAGCUACAGGAAAGAAGGUUCCACCUAAACUUCCUGACAGUACAGCAAGAGCUGUUUGACAGUGGAAUUUGCUGCCAAGGAGUGUGGUGGAGUCUUCUUCUUUGGAGGUCUCUAAGCAGAGGUUUGACAGCCAUAUGUCAGGAAUGCUUUGUUGGUGUUUCCUGCUUGGCAGGGGACAGGGGGUUGUGGUCUCUUCCAACUCUAUGAUUCUAUGACCUUGUAGCAUGUCAGACUCUUUGUCCAUCCAGCCCAGUUGUGCCUCCUCUGACUGGCAGUGGCUCUCUGGGGUCACAGACAGAAAGGUAUUUCCCAUCAUUUGCUACCUAAUCCCGCUUAAACUGCAGGGAAGGAAACCUGGGCAUUCUGCUUGUACUCUGCCCCUUCCCCCUGUAGACUUUGCUUUUCACUCUUCCCCCAGUUGCAUAGCAAUAACUUCAGGGUUUGCCGCAUGCGUAUCCCAAAGGAUACGUCACCAGAGAUGCUCGUAAGUAGAGGUCCCACUGUAGUCAUGUUAAUGCAGUAAUUAUUUUAAUGUUUUAUUAAAGGUAAUGCUGUUCCAUUCUCUGACUGCACUUAGUCUUGGUUAAUAUUUGCCCUACCUUUCCGGGUAAACAAGACAAAUUAUCUCUCCACUCUUAGGACCAGAAUCGUUUCCUCACUGAGGUUAAUCAUUUAACACAGGUGGAUGUGGAAAGAAUGCAUGCAGACUUAGAGAAGCACUAAAAGGAACACAGGGCCAGAGGUGUGUGUCAGGGAUUCUGCAUUCCAGUCCAGGAAAUGGUUGCUGUAAGGCUUGGUGCUACCAGGGAUGGAGAGGAGGACCCUCCAGAGGCUGAAAGCUGUUUCACAGUUUUCUUUGUGCAACGGGAGAAACAAGAGUGUUGGAGUCUGGGGAUGCUGGAGCUCACUGCCCCUCCCAAGUCUCAGCUGGCAGUACGCUGGGUCAAUGCCCUACAGAGCUGGAUACAUCACCACGGAGUUACACGACCCAAGAGCCUCUUUGUCUUCAUCAACCCGGUCGGGGGACGCAGGCGAGCAGGGGAAAUCUACCAGGGUCAGGUGGCCCCACUCUUCACCCUUGCCGGGAUCCAUGUUCAAGUUCUGGAGACCUGCCAUGCCAACGAGGCUCGGGACUACAUCCUGCAGCAAGACCUCAGUGACUUUGAUGGACUGGUGAGUGUGGGGGGCGAUGGCACCUUUAAUGAGCUAAUGAGCGCCUUGAUUGACCGGACACAGCAAAAAGCAGGGGGAUCAGAGAAUGACAUUGAUGCAGAACUCUUGUCCCCAAGGCUUCGUAUUGGCAUCAUACCUGCAGGUUCUACAGACUGCAUCUGUUUUGCAACUGUGGGAACAAACGACCCCAUCACCUCUGCUCUGCAUAUUGUUAUAGGGGACAGCCAACCUAUGGAUGUCUGCAGCAUUUGGCACAAUGGAAAGCUUCUACGUUAUUCAGUCUCACUGGUUGGCUAUGGCUUCUACGGUGAUGUAGUGAGCACCAGUGAGAAGUACCGUUGGAUGGGCCCAAUGCGCUACACCUUUGCUGGAGCCAAGGCGCUGCUGAGGAACUGCAGCUAUGAAGGCACAGUGGAAUUCCAAGUGGCCAGACCGGAGGAGGCAAACCCAAGGGACCAAACACGCUGCCGCUCUGGGUGUGUGGUCUGUUCAGAGUCUAGCAAACAGUUACUGGCUGGGACAGAGGAAGAAAACCUUUCAGAACCGGAGCAGCACAUAGAUGGUGAAUGGCAGCAGGUUCAGGGGCGUUUCCUGGCUGUCAACUUGACGUGCAUGAGCAGUGCCUGCCCCAAGAGCCCUGAGGGACUCUCACCCUGUGCUCAUCUGGCCGACGGUACAGCAGACCUCAUCCUGGUACAUGAAUGCUCAACACUCUCCUUCUUGCGACACUUGACUCGGCACACCAAUUGCUCAGACCAGUUUGACCUGCCUUUUGUGAGUGUCUACCGGGUCCGGGCUAUUCGGUUCACCUCAAAAGUGGAAGACCAUAAGGAUGGAGAACCAGUUGUACGACGACGCAAGGGGCUGUGUGGGGGACUGUGUCAGGAAGAACCACCCACCAGCUGCUGGACCUGCGACGGUGAGACCCUGCAACAUACCGACAUCAGCGUCAGAGUCCAUGGGAGACUCAUCCAUCUCUUUGCCCGUGGCAUCGAACAGGCACCCUGCAGGCUUCCUGCUGAUCCAAGAGAGGGUCAAAGCUAAAUGACAGCACAGCCUGCGACUGCUGCUAAGAAUCUACAAGGCCAUGAACACUACGGAGCCACUGCCUAAGCAUUGUUGGGGAAUAAAUUCCAGACUGGUAUCUCAGGACCUGUGAGUCAUAGUGCAGCUCCAGAGAAACUGUAACCAGACGCUGCUGCUCCACAUUCAGAUGUGCAGAAGUGCCACCUCACACCUACCAUUUUAGGGUGCUGACCCUAGAGAGGAACAGCACAUGGGGCUCUGCCUGCUGUGCAGAUACCAGGCCCCCAUGUCUUCCUGGUCCUCAUCCUAUAUGCAGUCACAUCACACUGGAAAUCAGUUGGCAGAAUAAAGGAAUAUCUAGCUCAGCAGUGCAGAACCUCUGACCUGUGGGCCAAAUUGUCUGCCGGGCUAAUUCCCCCUAACCACCCCUCCCUGCCCAUUUGUAGUUUUUUAGUCCCCCUCAAGACUAAAGCCGCUUGAAAUAAAUGCAAGGACCAGGGGUCUCCUUGUAACAACUUCCAUUUACAUACCAGCAUCAUAUAUAAAACUAAGACGCAGAUUGAACAGGAAUGUAACAAGUAAUGGAGCAAAAGCAGGGCUAGUGCAAUUGAAACAGCAGCUUGUGUAAAAGAGGGCGAGGGUUUAAGAAGACCCCCCUUCUGCCUUCUGCAUCACCACAAGAGACUUCCCCCACAGAAAGGGGCAGAAGUUGAAAUGGGACAUCUGGCCCAGCUGCAGCCAGCGAAACUAAAGAGGCAGGGCCCACAGUAGAGAAGAUGACUAGGCCCACACCUAAGCGCAGUGGAUGCUGGAGGAGUGCACUGGUGCCCAGGGCCAGCAGGUGGUCCUAGGACAAAAACCACCGUUUUUCAGGUGUAGGCAGCAGGAGUUGGGGCAGAGAUCCCUUUGUCCAGUCUGGUCAGCUUGGCUUCUGCAGCGAAAAGCAGCUGCCACCCCUUCAUACAAGCUACCCAGUUGGUGGUCACAGCUUGUGAGGAUUGACCCAGCGGUAGGUGCCUUCAUACUGGAACCCCACCUUCUUCAUCAGCUCAUCUGCCUCUGCAGGGCCACGGCUAGAAAGGAAAAAGGCUCCCCGUUAGUCAUUCUGGUUGUGGCCAAUAGCGAAACCGUCUUAAUGCUUUAGAUAUUUAGAUAUCACUGUGGAUAUGAGCUGAAUUGGUGAUGUAAAAGUUUUUCUAAGUUGGUUUUUGAUGUUGGUUUUUGACCCCACCCUGCUACCCAAAGCCCAUUAAGCAAGGAAAGCCUGCUGUGGGUGUGAAAGUGAGGAGAGAGGAAAUAAAUGGACAGUAGGGAAUGGUGGGUUUUCCCUACUCUUUAUUUAUUUAUUCCUCCUCCUGUGUAAAGUCGUGGUAGUGUAAGUAGUAAAGUGAAUGUUGCAGGCCCACUGUUUCUAUUAACCAAAUAAAAUUAAUUUGGUCAAAUCUUAACACAAACUGGAUUAAUUUUAAUCAAGUUCAUAUAUAAUAAAAGAACAUAUAAAAACACAAGUUCUGAGACCCUAACACAAUUUGAAAAAUUUAUUAAGCAUAAUGGGUAGAAGGGGGAAAGGAUUAGUUUCUAAAUAGUACCUUAUAUUGCUUAAUGUAACUUAAAGACCUACGGAACCCCUUAAAAAGAUAGGGGAACUAUAUAUUAGCACACAAAUUCUUCCCAAGGAUUGGAAUAAAAUAUGGGUAUUGUGACCCAUAUUGUGAGGGGUAUCACACUCCCUGCAAAUGUCAAAAAUGUUUUGUUUUGUGUUACCUGAUUGUUGGAGGGGUUGCAAUAAACUUGGUACAUACUAUCA